CACACACACACACACACACACACACACACGCACACACAGUUUUACCAAACUGCCCAAACAAAAGGAGAUAUAUGUGCUUCCCCAGAUCUUUUUACAGGUCUCUUGACUGCCGAAUGAAGGUGUGUUCCCAGCUAAUAUCAACAGUUGAACCGGUGAACAUAUCACUGGGGGACGGGAGUAAAUGGUGUGUGAUAGCAUGUAGCAUUCUCCGACCGCUGCUGAGGAAUGUGAGCCAGGAAUUUACUGCACCUAACGGGGAUCCUUCUGGUCCAUGUGUUUUUCAGCUUUGAAAUCCAUUGAAACUCAACCUGCACACCAAUUCAUCUGCAGUACGAACAGGAACGAGACCUAACAUCUCAUAUGUUUAAUGGUUGCUGUACGGAAUUUAGCCAUAAUCCUCAAAAGUUUCAGUUUUAGGCAGGAAAAUCAAAUUUUAUGAUCAAGAUAAGAUUAUGCAUGGCAAAUUCAUUGCUGUAUAUCCAAACAGGCUUACAUAACACUGUUUGGAUGUCUAGAGGAAUGGAUCAUGCAUGGAUUAGAGCUCAAGUUGAACUCCAGAGUCUCCAAAUACUUGUUAAGUACCAGCAUGUUGUCACGUAGUUACACUAAUGACAAGGCUAAGCUUCUGUCAGACCCACUUUUGAAUAAUUGUUUACAGACCUUGUUCCAUAAUUGAGACAAAUAUGAGCCGUAUAGUCGGAUUUGUCUGCGCACACUGCAGAGUGCAUGAAAAGAUCCAAAUUUCUGACAGUCAAAUGCGCACUCUCACUCACAUUCUGAAUAAAAAAAUCUGCAUCAUUAUAACAGGAUCAUAUAGGAAACGGUCAAUUUAAUUUACCAGUGUUUGUGUUAACUGCUCUGAGCUACAAAUGAGACAAUUUGUAGUGAAAUCCACUUCAUCUCAGCAGGCAUCCCAGCCUGGCACAUGACACCGUUUGGAGGUUUUGCUGGUUGUUAUCGACCAUGCAAUUACACCCAUAAAUUUCCAGAGUCCCCUGGUAAAACACGCAUUAAUAUCUGCUGACAUGAUUUUUGGUGAAACCGCAAGAUAUUCAUGUGCCUUGUGCAGAAAAUCUGAGUGCUUAGCACAGGCUGUAGACAGACCAGAGAAAAAUGUCACUAGUGAAUCAAAUUUUCUGUUCAUGUGCAAUAUUUUUCAUGAGCCGGAGUGCUACCGAGAUCCACGGCUGCCGUUCUGUACUUCUCCUCGCAGAGCUCUCCAGAGAAGUGAUUGGAUGGUGGGAGAGCCAAUCGGCGGCUGAGCAGCAAGUUAUUUGAACUCUCCUCACACAACUCAACCAAACCCGGACAACAUCCUCUGACUUUUAAAACAUCAUUCUCUCACAAGCGUCUGCCAUCAUCCAGUCUGUUCAGCCACUGCUCCCGUGGGCACAGAAAGAAGAGGAAGGAACAUUUUUUUAACCCUUUUCUUUUUAUCAUUACCUUUACAUUUGGUGCAUCCAGGAUGGGAACCUGCUGCUUCUGUUUACACCUGGAAGUCGACCGAUGCACCUGUUGAUCAAGGAAAACUCUGUGUGUUCAACCAUGAUCAAAGUUGCUGAGAUGAAGUCCGACACUCUGCUUCAUUUUGAGGACCACCUGAGGACAGAUGAGAGGAGCAGACUGAACUGUGGAGACCUGCCGCCGAGCAGUUUAACGGACGGGCGGAAGACAGACCUGCUGCGAUGCCAGAGCCCUAAUGGUGACGGUUCUCCUACCAAGCACAGGAGAUACGGGUCUCGUCUGGACGGGGUCAAAGUUCGCCACAAGAGACAGGUGCUGCAGGACAUGGCCCGACCGUUGAAACACUGGCUGUACAAACACCGGGACAACCCUUACCCGACCAAGACGGAGAAGGUCCUGCUGGCUUUGGGCUCACACAUGACGCUGGUGCAGGUCUCGAACUGGUUCGCUAACGCCCGCCGAAGGCUGAAAAACACAGUGAGACAGCCGGAUCUGAGCUGGGCGCUGAGGAUCAAACUGUACAAUAAAUACAUCCAGGGAAACGCUGAGAGGCUGAGUGUGUGCAGCGAUGACACCGACUCCGAUGGCGAAGAUUGUCCCUUACAAAUUCCUAUCAACCAAUCGGACUUCGGCAGGUCAUCUUCCCACAAGACCUUAACAGAGAAGCACGGCAGCAUCCUCGCCAUGGCGGACUCCGCCAACAGUGACGACGGCGUGUCGCCUCCGUCCAAGUACAAGAGCAGUUUACUGAACCGGUAUCUGAACGACACCCUGCGGCACAUGAUGGCGGCGAAGGCCGACGGCGUCCCCUCAGCCCACAAGAGGAGUAGCCACUCGCAGUCCUUCAACUUCAACGAGUGCGAUCGGGGCGCCGUCUCUCCGGGGUCGUCCUACGAAACAGAGGCCAACUUCGUCUACCACAUGGACACAGUGGACUACGCUUCAGCUGUAUGCGAAAGGGAGCAGCAGCAGCACAAAGGAAGCGAUCAGGGCUGGAGGGAGAUCCACGCCGCCGUGGCCCUCACCAGCCUGGCCCAGGGGCAGAGCCGCAAAGCGGACCAGAUCGGCUGCACCCGAGGGCCCUUCUCAGUCGCGAGGACCACUGUCACGGACGGGACGUUCGCCGAGGGACCCACCGUCCCUCCGAGGCAGAGCUGCGCCGCGGGGCCCGCUCCCACCAGCCGCAUCAUCCAGAAGUCUUCUCAUAUAUCCGAGGUCCAGACUGUUAACGCCAGCAGCGUGUAGGCAUGCGAUCAGAGCAUCUGCUCUGUCCUUCCGUAUGAUACCACGUGCUUGGGUGCCUUGCAGCCUCAGUUAUUUUGUAUUGCUGAUAAAAAUGAUUUGAAAUAUCAAAGUUUAAAUAGAAAAAAAAAAAACCUAACUUUAAUAUUUUCUAGUGUUGUUGCCAUUUUUUGAAUGUCUUCCUAUUGUCUGUCUGUUGCCGUAAGUUAUAUUAACUUCCAUGAGACUGGAUUGUCAUCCAAUGCUGAAGUUUGACAGCAGCUAUUUGAAUAAAGCCAAUGUGAAAUCUA